AUGUAUAUCGAGAAGCUGUAUGACAAGGACAUAAAGAUUUUUCCGUGUGUCUCGUCGUCCCGGAUAUUGAGGAAAUCACUGCCAAAGCCGGGACCGAACUACAACGUCUCUACACCAAGAGCCACCAUCGAGUCUAAGCAAUGGUGUGGUCGUUGCGUGUGGGAGUCCGACAACGAUGUACUUGACGAUCAAAUUGUUGCCCUGACCUGGGAUGACGACUCUCGCUCUGUCAGUGGUAAGGAAGUUCCUGACCGCGGUCCCAAUACAGCAGUCUUCCAUAUGGUCGCUUUCACGGAAGCACAGUGUGAGCAGCGGGGUAAAAUCUCGGGCAUCCAUGGAGGAAUACAUUACAAUAGCAAGGAGAUUCAAGUCUACACAUUCGACAAAUUCCUGCAACCGGAAGCGGCGAAGAUAUUCACUCCCCCAAAGACAGCAGAAGGUCAUGACGGUGGUAAUGGUGGUCUGAUGAACAGUUUCUCGAAGGCCGUAGAGGCUGUCAUUAAAGGCGAACUCAGCGUAGAGCAGGCACAAGCAAAAUACGUUAGCUGCACCUUGAAGGAGGCAUUCAUGAGCCAUGCUAUGGUCUUUGCUGCUGAAGAAGCUCGACUCGGAAGGAAAAUUGUCAAUUGGCGGAAUUGGUGGGCGAAGCUUGAGCAACGGCUCCUUUCCCGGUGA